AUGGCCGAGAACGUCCUUACUAUGUGUGAGACCGUACUAAAAUACGGCAGAGUUAUACAAGAUAUUGGGUCUUUUCCGAUAUUAGGGCAAACUUUCUUAAUACUCGAGACGGUUUUAGCAAUUGCUCAGAAUGCGGACCAUAAUGUACGGACAUGUAAUGUCUUCAGAGACAGAAUCGUUAUCGCGCAGCACACUUUGGGAAAAUAUAAAAAAGAGGAGUUGGAACACAAUCCUGCAUUAAUUACGUAUACAAAGGUUCUCAAAGAUAUUGAAGAAUUUGUUAAAAAAAUCACCGAUGCGAAGGGUUUUAAGAAAUACUGGAAAGCAAUGACUGUGAAAGAAGACGCUGCAGGACUUCUUGAUCGAUUUGACCAAGCCAUUCAAGAUCUCGGCUUGAAUACAACUGCCGAUAUAUCUAAAGAUAUUUCAAUAAUUAACGAUGAUAUUAAACAAAUGCAAAAAUACAUGGAGAUGGUUCAAACUGGUAUUGUCGGUCUUGAUGGUAAGUUAGAUACAGUAACGGAACUCGUGGUUCGUCUGCAGAACUCGAUCAAAACAGGCGAAGUCGAACAGAGCGUAUUGGCAUCCGUGAGUUUGAAGGCAGAGACUAUCAAACAGGAUACGGCUGGUUUUACCGACUCCGCUAUAGCAUCGGAUUUAAAGACGGUAGUUUGGAACCACCAACUAGCUUUUCAGAAGGACAUGGGGUACGUCACUGAUGUCGAACUAAAAGAAGUAGAAAAAGAUGUCGCCAUUUUAAAACAAUUGCAAGCAUGCAAGAAUAUCAUAACGCUUUAUGGUGUAUUCAAGAUUGAUACACGGCUACAUUUGCUCAUGGAACAUGCUCAAUAUGGAUAUCUCUAUGAUCAUAUGCAGGUUAACCACUCUAACAUGGAUUGGUCCCUGCGAUAUUCCAUUGCGCUGGGCAUUGUACAGGGUGUCUGUUUUAUGCACGAAAUUGGACUCUUACAUCAUGAUCUUCGAGCACAGAAUAUCCUUCUCGCGGAGCACUACACUCCCAAGAUUACCAAUUUCCACUCUGCUAGGCCAGAAACAGAAGUUUCGCGACCUCUAAGACAAGGCGUUAACAAAAUACGCUGGACCCCACAAGAAAGAGCCAGGAACCCAAGACUUCGAUUCAACAAGCGCGCCGAUGUCUAUAACGUUGGCUAUCUCCUUUGGGAGAUAGCGUCUGGCAAAAUUCCUUUCGAAAAUGAUAAAGAAUUCGACGCAAUUAGGAAAAUAAUGGAAGGACUGCGCGACCCAAUUCCUAAAGACACACCAGAAAAAUAUGCAGAAAUUAUCAAAAAGGCCUGGGCUCCGGAUCCACUUUCACGUCCGACUAUAAUUGAAAUUUACAUGCAAUUAGAAGCGGCAUAUAGAGAAUUCCAGGGAGGGAAUAAAAAGAAGAAAACCGCUGGUGUUGAUGAGCUUUCCGACUUAAUUGAUGAAGACGGAUUACUAGAUCUCGGGGAUAAUACUGGACCAAGCAUUGAAGAUGCUCUCAAAGCUCAUUCUAGUGCAAGCUAUGAUAUAGCAUAUAAAAUCUUUCAAGAAAUUGACACCCCUAAAGCACACUACUAUUGCGGCCUAUACAAUUAUCGCGGACUUGGUAACCUGGAGGUGAAUUUGGAAGCAGCGGCAGAACACUUCCGAAAAGCCGCUGAUGGUGGCAAUCCUGACGGUCAGUUACGUUACGGAGCAGCUCUUAUGAAAGGGGAUGGUGCACACAGAGAUGUCAAACUAGGAUUUGACUAUCUCUGCAAAGCUGCCGACAAUGGGAAUUCCGCGGCGCAGUUCAAUGUUGGGCAAAUUUACUGGUCAGGGAGAAUCAACGAAAUUGGUGUUGACCGUGAUGCAGGAAAACCAUACCUGAUACUGGCCGCUAAGGCCGGUCAUCCUCAUGCAAAAAAGUUAUGCAUUGAGAACGAUAUUGAAUGGGAUUAG